UACUCCCCUUCUCGUCUCCCUCCCUCUCCCUCUCCUUCUCCAAUGUCUACCGCUCCUCUUCUCCCCAUCGAACUUGUCCCCCACCUCUCGUCAUGGAACGAUUGGCGGCCACCAAAGUCUGAGGCUCCUCUUACUCCUCCGCUCUCCUCGGGCCCCGCAAGACGCAUACUGGUAUCUCAGGAGCAGGUGCCCACCGUCCUCCCACCCAUAUCCUACUUUGACAGGAGUUUCUCGCGACAUUCGCCAGUGACGCCACCGCCAUUGGACGGAUAUGACCAGUGGGACAAGUACGACGCGCCGUCCUACCAGCUGCCUUCCGUACUCGCCCCUCCACGCUCUCUAGAACCGUCUCCCUCCUCAUCCCAGUACGAGCCUCCUGAGGAUCCGUUCGUGUCCGCUACGUAUACGCUGGACUGGUUCGGCAGCGACUCGCAGCGGUCGUCGGGGUACAUCGCGGAGAAGUUCUGUGAGAUGAUCUGUUACCUCUGGUUCUCUACCAUCUCUAGCACAUCCGCCUCGCCGUCGAAGCGUCAUCGUGGCGCGCCCACGCAGCCCGACUCUUUCUCUCCUCACAGUAAUUCCUCGACCGCCAAGUUGCAGUUCUCGGUGUCGCCCGCCUUCGUGCGUUUCAUGCAAAAAGUAUUGGAGACCACCCAAGUUAGCCAUUCGGUCAUCGUCUUAUCUCUACACUACAUAUGCCGCCUCAAGGCGCGUAAUCCUUUCACGUCUGGCCAAGCCGGGAGCGAGUACCGGGUGGCGAUUGCGGCGCUGAUGCUCGCGAACAAGUUUGUGGACGACAACACGUACACGAACAAGACGUGGUCGGAGGUGUCUGGCAUCGAGCUGGGGGAGGUGAACCGGAUGGAGCGCGAGUUUCUGCUGGGGCUGGACUUCGACCUCUACGUGAACAAGGCGACGUACGAAUCGUGGCUGAAGUUCCUGACGGGGCUGGUCAUGAACAAGGAGAAGGACUCGAAGCGAUGGCAGCGAGCGCGCUGCCCUGCCCGUGCCUCGCAUCUCCACCGCCCGCCUUGUCACAGACACGCCCACCUAACUCCAUCACGUGCUCCGUCACACCGCGCCCGGUCCACCUCCCCCCGCCGCGCCUCCAUCUGCGCCGUCUCCCAUCCCGUCCCCGCCCACUACACGCCCCAGCACACUCACUACGCCCAAUAUACCCCUCCGCCCCCCUCCUACGCCGCCUCCCCCGCCUCCACCGACGGCCCCCUCCGAUCCAAGCGCACCGCCGCCGACGCCUUCUCCCCCACCUCCGCUUCCUUCUCAGUCGCCCAGCUCCCGCCUGCCCAGGUUCCCAGGCGCAUGCACGGCCUCGCUCUCGACAUCCCCCAGCCCACCGCCCAUUCCCGCGAGAGCUCCGCUUCCCCCCUCGAGUCUCUUCAGUCCUUCUCCAAGCUCUCCCUCGGCGCCUCCCCAGUCGAUGCCCGUCCCUCUCCGGCCUGGCCUGUCAGGCAUGACGAGUACCCGCGUACACUCGUGUCGUCCUAUCGCAUCGACGACCAGCGUCCUCCCAUCCAGCCCCAGCAAUUGUACUUUUACUCGCUUGCCGGCUCCCCUCUCGAGUACGAGGAGGACCGACGGAAUCGCAAGGGGCGCCUUCGGGUGCAUCAGGCCCCUCCGCCGUCUGCGCCCGUCUACCAGUAUCCACCCUCCAUGCCUAUGGUUGUCCAGUCGGCGUCGACCAGCCCGUACGAGGCUCACUCGCACGUGGCCGCCCCACAGCUUGUCCUGCCGCCAUUCUCGGAAGUCUCUCAGGGUUUGCAGCACGUCAAUGAUGUGCAGGUCACCGAGAGGACACAGCUCCCGCCCAUCCACGUCGAGACUCAGCCGCAGCACACCUCGAGCAUUCCUUCAGCGCCGUUUGCGAACGCAGGUCCGCCUGGCGUGCACUUCUACUCUACUUUAACGCCAGACCCAGCCCAACAUUAUUACAGGGUGCGUGGGCGGCAGGUAUAAUUCAUCCAUGGAUGCCACUACCGUAGUAUGUGUCACGUUUAGAACACUUCGGCAUUGAAACAUGGACUUUACAGCAGCAGCACAUAUUCCCUUAUUACGCACCGCAUCGCAUACGUAUCACCAGCAUUCCAUUCAUGUCCAUCGUCAUGUCGCAUCGUUCUAUCAAUUGUGCAUUGUAGUUGUGUAGCAAGUUUGAACUCCGCAUUUUCCCAGUCUCCUUCACGCUGCAUACAUACGAACGUCCCCUCGCCGCCUUGUCGCAUAUUGUCUUGCCAUACAGUGCGGGACGUUCAUCGCUGUUCCUUCGCUGUCCCGCUCUGUGGCACUUCUCUUCCCUCGCACGCUAAUGAAAUGAAAC